AUGAUAAACGGAGGAUGGUCGUUCGUACCACACUUUAAGUACAUUAUUCCGAAAGCGGAAAAAGUAUUCGGAGCAUUAUCAAAUAUACUCCCAAAUCUAAAGGGCCCGGAAGAAAAAGUCAAAAUUCUGUACUCAAAUGUAAUACAUUCUGUGUUGUUGUAUGGUGCACCUAUAUGGGCAGGUGAAGUAACAAAAAACGCCCAUAUUAAAAGGGACAUCUAUAGACUGCAGAAGAAAAUCUGCCUAAGAAUCUGUUGCGGAUACAGAACAGUUUCUUUCGUAGCUGCAUUAUUGUUGGCUAGAGGCAUUCCCUUGGACCUGAUGGCGUUUGCAUUGCAACAGAUGUAUGUGCAAGUCAAGAAUCUAGACCGGGUGGGAGCCGGCAUGGAGCACACAUCAAAGGUACGGCUGUGUAUUCAAGCUAAGAGGGAGGCAAGAGACAGGUGGAGAGAAAAGCUAACAACCGCCAUCAUGGAUAGAAGAGGGACAAGUGGAACAAGAACAAGUUUAGCGGUCCUUCCCCACUUUGCGGAUUGGUACAGCAGGAGGGAGGGACACACAACGUGCCACUGUACCCAAAUACUAUUGGAACACGGGUGUUUUAAAGCUUACCUAUUUAAAAUAAGGAGAGCUGAUUCACCAAACUGUGAGCAUUGCUCGGAAGAGCAAGACACGGCACAGCACACCCUGGAGUUCUGUCCGGCCUGGGAACAGGAGAGGGCGGAACUCCGGGGUGAGUUGGAAUGUGACGAGGACCUAGACCUGACUGAGGUGGUCAGGAGGAUACUAGAGGACAUACGUAAAUGGAGAGCCUUCAACAAGUUUUGCUCAAACGUUCCCCAGGAUGACAGGACUCCCAGGACUGCCAGGCUGCCACAUGGAUCGUCGGAUGACUCGCGCUAA